UUAAUUUAUCUCAAAACGAAGCCCUCACUCACUUCUUUGGCGGCUGCUUCUCUUAUCUCUCUAUCUUUCUCUUUUCUAGGGUUUUUCUCUCUCUUCUCCAUUUUUGGUUCAUAUUAGGGCUUGGUGUUCCCUCUUUCUUGCUUCCGAUCACCUGUGCUUCAUCCCUUGUCAUGGCGGCUGUCGGCCCGGCUACUGACCAAGCUACAGAUUUACUGCAGAAGUUGUCAUUGGAUUCCAAGAAGAAGACUCAUGAUGCUCCUGAAGUUACUGACAAGCAGGCUAGUGCUGAUACCGGAGAAGUUCCCAACAUACAAAUUCCGCCCAGUGAACGGUCUGUGACACCGCUCCUUCAGGAGUGCAUGGAUCAGAGCAGGUGGUAUUCAUCCACACCUUAUUACUAUGGAGGUUAUGAAGGUUUAGUGAACGAAUGGGAUGAUUACCGUAGGGUGGAUGUGCCACCUCCUGGAGUCUACGGGGAUAUGUAUCAUCAUGGUUAUAGAUAUGCUCCUUACAGUCCAUAUCCUUCUCCCACUUCCCCAGUUCCAACAAUAACGCAUGAUGGCCAACUGUAUGGUCCCCCACAUUACCAGUAUCAAGCCCAAUAUUAUCAGCUACCCACACCCCAUCCAGCUUCUGGCACUCCCCACAAGCCUGUAACUUCUCAAGGGGAGGUUUCUACUACAGUUGCUGCUGAAAACCCUGCUGUACCUCUGGAUACUGCUAAAGGGAACUCAAAUGCAACUGCCAAUGGGAAAUCAAACAGCCACAGUGCAUCUAUUCAGCCUCGUUCAAACCACCAAAACUCACCACUACCUUCAAAUGGUUCCUAUGGCCGAGGAUUUCCACCAGGCAGUCUUCUUUCUGGAUGCCAGGAUCCACGUUUUGGCUUUGAUGGCAUGCGAUCACCCACCCCAUGGUAUGAUGGCUCUGGAUUGCCUGAUGGGUAUCAAAGAGUACCUACAACCAGCUCUGCCCCUUCAGCAAUUUCUCACGUUGUUAACACUACCUCAGGAAGGAGUCAGAAUCUUCAUCCUCUUCCUAAUCUCAUGGGUUUGCACACACCAAGACCAACGUCUUGCAUAGGACCAACAGCUCCUGGUUUUGUGAACAGAAUGUACACCAACAAUCGAAUUUAUGGUCAGUAUGGUCAGUGCGGAACUGCUUUUAGGACUGGCCUUGGUUUUGGAUCCAAUGGUUAUCAUUACAGAAUGAAUAGCAGAUGGGGUUCAGUCACAGAUAAGUACAAACCACGGGGCCGAGGCAAUGUUUACUAUGGUUAUGGCAGUGACGAUUUGGAUGGGCUCAGUGAACUGAACAGGGGGCCAAGGGGUGGUCAUUUCAAAAACACCCAGAGCUUAGGACCCAAUAUCUCUAUUGCAGUGAAGGGACAGAACCUUCCUGCAAAUGGAAAUGAUGAGGAAGCUAGUGUAGCACCUGCUAGGGAUCAGUACAACCGGGAUGAUUUCCUCGAAAAAUACUCCAACGGCAAGUUUUUUGUUAUCAAGUCUUAUAGUGAGGAUGACGUUCAUAAAAGUGUCAAGUACAGUGUCUGGGCCAGCACACCAAAUGGAAACAAGAAAUUAGAUGCAGCGUAUCAGGAAGCUCAAAAGGUCGCUGAUGGGUGCCCUGUAUUUUUAUUCUUCUCUGUGAAUACAAGUGGACAAUUUGUUGGUGUUGCUGAGAUGAUGGGUCCGGUUGACUUCAACAAAACGGUGAACUACUGGCAGCAGGACAAAUGGAAUGGUUGUUUCCCGGUCAAGUGGCACAUUGUGAAAGAUGUACCAAACAGCAUCCUUAAGCACAUCACACUUGAGAACAAUGACAACAAGCCAGUAACAAACAGUAGAGACACUCAGGAGGUGAAGGUUGAACAGGGUGUUCAGAUGCUUAAGAUAUUUAAGGAGCAUGUCAGUAAGACCUCCAUUUUGGAUGAUUUUGCGUUUUAUGAGACACGACAGAAGGCUAUGCAAGAGAAAAACUCAAAGCUACAGCAAAUUCAUAAGCAGGUCACAAAUAUGAAAGCAAUUGAUGUAGUUGAUGAGAAAGAAAAGAUUUUACCUAACGGAAAGUCCUGGCUGCAAAAGCCCCUGGAAACAGUUUCAAUUUUGAAAAAGGAAUCUUCCAAGGGCACUCAGGCAGAACAGAAACCUCCUGAGGAAAAUGGUGCAGCUUCCGUCUCCCAGCCCGUAACGGAGAAGCAUGUUGUUGCGAAUGGUGUUGCCAAUACCUGCUAGCAUCAAUCAAAAGAACCAACCCCGAAACAACGGCAACCAGUUUAUUUAUUUACUUCUUCUUGCUAUGGAUCUUGCAGUUUUGACAUUUCAGUGAUCGGAAAUGAUCGAUACGCCGAGGGCUGUGGACAUCAUGGAUUGAAUCAAGGUUGCUUGUUAUGCUUGCAGGGGUUUGAUAUCUGAGGCACAAAUUGUAGCUUUGAGUAUGAGUGGCGGGCUGGCUUCAUUUUUAGUGUUCUAUAUUUGUCUGGUUGGGUUCUGUUUGCCUUUUAUCAGUUUUUGUUUGUUAAUUUUCUUUUGUUUCUAGGGGCAGUGAUUUAGUAAGUUUUGAGGGGUUUUCUUUCCUUCUUUCUUUUUCCCUAACUUUGUUUAGGUCCUUUAAGAGCAGGGAUGCAACUCCUGGUUACACCCUUGUUUUUUCAACAAAUCAGGAUUUGAAAUAAUUAAUGGCUUUGUAACUUGUAAGCCUGCCCAAAUAUUUCUCCUGGAUCUUAAUGAAACUUUGGUUUUAUAAGCA